AUGACGAUACCGGAUGUCGACGAUCGGGAGGUCUUCCUCUCCUUCACCCAGCUCCCCGAGGUCGGUCAGUCGCCUACACCAGACCAGCAGCAGCAGCCAUGGUACCUCGUGGCCCAAGUCAAGGAUGACAUGACCAUCAACAAGCCCACCCUGGUCCUCACCGACAGGGACGGCUCGCCGUUCGCGCUCGUCUUCGAGGGCCUGGAGCGCGACGGCCUGGACCUGAAGAGGCUGGGCCUCAAGAAGGGCGCCACGGCCGUGGUCCCGCGCGCGCGGCGCACGCCGCCCAAGGAGGCCGGGAAGCGGGGCUUCGUCGCCGUGGAGAAGGGCAGGGCGGCCGAGGUCAGGGCCGUCCCGGGACCGCUGGAGGAAGCCUUGGAGCUGGCGAGGCGGAUGCGGGCCAUGGACGCGGCCCGGGAGGCCGGGCAGGCGGAGGACCCGUGCGCUGGUGGGUGCGGGAAGGGCGGGGAGGGCGGCGGCCUGGUCAAGUGCACCGGCUGCGGCAGGGUGCGCUAUUGCGGCAAGGUGAGUGAAAGUAGUACCUCCGGUGAAGGCUGA